UGACGGUGGUCAUAUCUUGAGUCUAUGCCGUCCGCGGGAGAGUCUCGGUCUCAUCAUGUCCUCCGACAUCAACCUGACAUACGCCCAGACAUUUCUGCUUUAAAAGCCGUCUUCUCCGCCAGAAUCUUCUUCUCUCCUCCACCACACUUUUCACAUCCAGACGACCACCACCACUGCUAAUUUCAUCCACAAACACACCGAAAUCAUCUCCAUAUCCACUCUCAAAAAGCCUCGUCAACAUGGCACCUCUUCCAUUUGACCCAGUGCACUAUUAUUCCGUGCCUGAAGAGCACGUAGUGGACCCCGCCCUCAGUGAUGAUAUGAUCGGCUUCCUGUCGAUCGUGGGUGUUUUCGUCGCGGGAAUACUCAUCUGCUUCCUCAUCAAGUGCUACCGCCGCCUCGUCCGUCCCAAGCUCUUCAAGCAAGAGCAAGAAGACGAUGAGCGCGAGGCGAACUCCGACCACAUCGCCGCCGAGUACCGCAAUAUGAGGGCCAACGGCGCCGGCCAGGCCACGUCCCAGCACUGGAAGGCUCCUACGAGGACCAUCGAGCAGGAGGACCGCCAGCGGGAAGUCCGCAACCUCAGGCAAGGUGGGAAUUUCGAGGACGCCACCGAGGAUCACAUUGACGUCGAAACCCCUCCCACAUUCGUAAUCCUAACCCGGCCCGAGAAUGUCUACAUCCCUCUUUGGCUUAGCCGGGAACCGACUCCCCCCCCUGUUUACCAGGAGUGGUGGGUUGUCGGCGGUGACGACAACGAUUCUCGCUGAGACUGCAACCGUUUGAUCGUGGAGUCGUG